AUGAAGGCGAUCUUGACAAGCUUUGGGAGACGCGCCAAUGUCGAUCGGCGAGAGGCCCCAGAAGCUUCGUACCAUUUCAAGCCUGCGGUGGCCUCUUCCAGUUCGCAUACGCCGACCUAUCGGACUAGCUAUUCAUCUUCCACAGGUCCAGGCGGAGGCAUAGGCGAUGCACCUUCGCCAGCUAUUCAGCGCGCCGUCAAAGAUGCCCGCCCCUCAGGGUCAUCGUCACGCUUGCCAUCGCAUCCUCCAUCGAGCUACAGGAAGCCGUCCAGGCCGACUUCCAACGCCGAUGGGGUCGCCCGAGGGCUUGUCGGGAAGCUGUCGACGGCUCACAGCAGGGAUGCAUCGCCGUCGCAGUACGCAGCUUCCGCUUCUCGAGGGUCUGCAGACUUGACUUCGGCAUCGCGCCCCGGCUCGGCUGGGUCCAGGUCCUCGUCGACCAGCCGCGCAUUACAUCCGAACAGCGCCUUCCACCCUACAUUGCAUACCCGUGCUAUCAGUCCGUCGAGCAAAGAUGCUGCUGGCGCCGAUCUCUCUGGCAUGACCUCUGCAGAGCUGGCGGCACGAUUGAACGAGCUAGCAGUGGCGAAUGCGGACGGCCUUCUCACCGACAGCGAAUAUCGUAUCCUACGCCAGGCUGUAUUCGACCGGAUGAUGCGCGCCGAGCAGCGUUGUACGCCAACAAGCCCAGCAAGCGCACCGCUCGCGCUCAGCUUGACUGGAAGCGACCAGAAUCUCAGGCCUGCCGUUGCGGACGACAGUGUAAGCAGCAACGCGAGGCUCUCUUCGGAUCUGCUCGACGUCGACACGGGCAGAUCCAGAUCUUCGCUCGGGUUUGCGGCUUCAAUCUCUUCCUCCAUCCGCAGCGGUCACAGUGGCAAGCCCUCGAGCUUUCAGAACGUCACGCGGCUGUUCAAAGGUCAGGCCGCUGCCUCGAAAGCCACGCAACAGCAAUCCAGUCAAGAGUCGCACGCGAGUCAGGACAGUUUGCAUCGCAGCGCAACGGGUCGAUCAAAACUCAUGCGGGUCGACUCGAUCAGCAGAUCCUCGCAGCUGUCGAAUGACGAUGGUCAGUCGCAUCGCGCCUCGUCGUUCCGCACGCAGCAGUCAUCCGCUGCAAAGUCGUCUCGGUUGUCGACGUUCGGCCGUCUCCGAGCUAACAGCCAAGCACGUCGUGAGCAAGCAGAGACGUCGGCUCGCGACAUGGAGGACGCUUUUUCAGCCGAGAGAACUGCGUACUCUCUUCGCGCUGUGUCACUGUACGACGCGAGCGACGUCGAGACUACAGGCAAUAAUCCGCCAGCAUCCGCUCGGAUGGACGUCGCUCCGACCUCUCUUUUCGGCGCAGAGUACGUCGGCAAGCAUUCUCGAGAGAUCCGAGCGGAGAUAAGCGUGGUGCAAGCCGAGGGCAAUCGAAUGCUCGCCACUUUUGCAGCUCUGGAAGAGACCCUAAUGGCCAAGCACAGCAAUCUCGAGCCACUAGUACGGAAGGACGUUGCGGAGAGAGCACGAGCGUCGAACCCUCUAGCUUGCGUUUCCUGCCUUGAUCUCUCGGAUGGAAGCCACGCUAGACGACCGUCGCGCCCACCGCCUCCCUCGUCAUAUCGGUCACCGCGCACGGCUCCUCAGGCGUCGGGCCUAGUCUCGCCGGAUUCGUCUUUCCCGAUGGAUGACGAUUCCACCUCCGCGGACGUCACCGCCUUCGAGACAGAACUCAUUGGCAUUUACACACAAAAGGCCGCCGUGGUCAAGCGCUACCAGGAUCGGCUCGCCUUCCUGCAGAGCAAGCUUAGAUCGGCGACCAUCCGCGAAGGGCUCAAAUGA